UUGUAAAGACUUUAAGACUUAUACAUAUUCCUCAUAAAAAAAACUUGCAAAUCCUCUUCGCACCGUCUGCAUUCACAUAAAUUAUAAACAGAUACCCAAACUACUAAACAGCUAAACAUAAAAUUCCCAGAAAAUGGGGAACCGAAUUUGUAAUAUUUUGAAAAUUGCUAUUCUCUUUCCAUACCUUGCCACGUAUCUUGUUUGCUGUUACAUUAGAGGGUUCUUUCAACUAUUUUCAAGAUGGAAGAAAUCUCUGAACGGAGAAACCAUCCUGAUAACGGGGUGUGGGACAGGAAUUGGGAAGUUAUUGGCCGUGAGACUGUCCGAAAUGUACAAGGACAAGAUUUCCCUGGUUUUGUGGGACAUUAAUCAAUCAUCCCUUGAGGAUACGGUUCAAAUACUUUUGGAGAACGGCACGCUCCGUGUAUUUCCAUACUGCGUCGACAUUUCGAAACCGGAACAAGUUGUGGCCACCGCUAAAAUGGUUCAUUUACACGUUGGAAACAUAACCGUGCUCAUAAAUAACGCUGGGGUGUCAUACAACCGAGAUUUUCUCAACUUGACUCCAGUGGAAAUAGAGAAAACGUUAUCCGUAAAUUAUAUGGCACAUUUCUCAAUAAUUAAAGAGUUUCUUCCCAACAUGAUUGAGAAGAAGAAGGGACACAUUGUGGCAACUUGUUCUGUCGGAGGACAUGUCGGUCUUCGGGGUAACGUUCCUUACUUUGCAAGCAAAUUUGCAAUCCGUGGUGCUAUGACGGCCUUAAGAGAAGAAGUCCAGUUUGACCAUCCUGAUAAAACUGGACUACACUUUACCACUGUUUAUCCGUGGUUUGUGAAAACUCCAUUAUUAGAUCAACUUAAUAUCAAACUCAGAUUUCCAAAGUUAAUGCCUCUGCUGGAACCAGCCUAUGUCGCCAAGAAGAUUGUUGAUGGGAUCGAAUCAAAUCUGGAGCAUAUCUUUGUUCCUCCUACAUUUAAAGCAUCUCUCUGGAUGCUCAGAAUUGUUCCGGAGGUGGUGAGAUCCAAAAUUUUAGAUUUUAUGAUAUUGGAAUAUCGCGGAGAAUGAUCCACCAGUUCCUAGUAUUUGUGUAAGUGUGUAACAAUUACAAAUAUCAUGCAGAAGGGUCGUGAAUAAAUAAAUAUCAGUUGGUCUUACAAAA